UUGUUUCGCUACUCGCGGAAGGUUUUCAUCGCCAUCUUUUUCUCUUUUCUCAUUUCUCCUUCCCCUUCAGCCUUGUCACUCUCCCAAAGCAGAUACCCGAACCCAUAAAAAUUUCUCAAGCUCCCUCACCUCGUUAGGACUGUCAGCAGUGAACAACAACCAUCUCUCAGACAUGUACAGCAGCGCGAUCUCCUUCGUCGUGACCCAGCGGCACCGAUGAGCAUAAAGAACUGUGACCCAUUUCCCCUUUUUGUCACGGACGAUCUCCUCCAACCCAAGAUGGUUUCCGAUCAGGCAUGUAAGUUCUUCAAAUGGUUGGACAAGAACACAUGCCCACGUGACAGUGCAACAGCACCACUUGUCCGUGAAAGGUUUACGAGAUAUAAGGCCGAGGCAGCGGCUACAGGAAAUGAAAGGGAUGAGGCUCAUGCAAGGGAAGCAGAAGCACGGGAGCGGGAAAGGAUAGCAAAGCGCAAGGCUGAAAAAACUAAGCUCGCACUCCGAAUUGUUGAAGACAAGGUCUACAAGUAUAGGUUAGCUUUACUUUUGUCUUGGAUUGUAGUUGGAGUUUAUUUUGUAUUCUCUACUAUUUUUGGGGGCCAUGACCAUACGCAGCUGUAUCUGCCAUGACCCAUUUACGGUCACGUGUGUUAUUUACAUUAAUGAUUACUGUUUUGAGUUCCUAUAUAUUUUACAGGGUGAUAUAACACACGGGUUGAAGUUUGUUCUGUACAUUACU